AUGAAGUGGUUCACAGAAGCAUUGACACAACUGCUGCAUUGCCCUCCCAAGUACAAUAUUACUCAUCAAGAACUUCUCAGAGGGUCUGGGUUGCACACACGCAAAAAGCCAUAUAAGUCAUUUGUUAUGCCAGCUAAAAAGUUUAAUGGACAGGAACUGGAUUCUUCAUGGUCUGUCUGCCUCCUUUAUACAGUAAGCCACAGCCAUAACUGUAGAGUGAGGCUACGUUCUUGUUGUAAUGCUACAGGUAUUCUCUACUUAACUAAGCGGAACACAUAUAUGAAUCAAACAAUCCUGUAUGAGACCAGUGCCAAACUGAGCCACAAAGUGGAUUCCACCCUCUACAGUAUGCUACCGGAGACCUUACCAUGGUAUGCAUCGAAUCUGGGACGUUGUGCUGUUGUAGGAAGUGGGGGGAUUCUAAAGAACAGUAAAUGUGGAGCUGAGAUUGACAGCACAGAUUUUGUCAUUAGGUUUAAUUUGGCUCCCCUAAAAGAAAGUGAUGUUGGAAUGAAGAGUGACCUCAUGACUGUCAACCCAAGUCAAAUAAGGAAGGAUUACAAGAACUUCAAAGAGGACCCAAGACCCUUGGUGCAGCGGCUGUCUGUCUACAGAAAUACGUCCCUCCUCACAGCUGCAUUUUCUUACACUAUCAACACAGCGCUUUCAAUCGACCUGCAUAAGGCAUUGCGGCCACAACACAAAGUUGUCUUUUUUAGCCCCUCCUACUUGAAAGAAUUAGAUCAGUUCUGGAAGAGACAUGGCCUGAAGGCGGUGCGCCUGUCUUCAGGUUUUAUACUGAUCAGUGUGGCUUUGGAACUGUGUGACCAUGUGCACAUCUAUGGAUUCUGGCCAUUCAGCACCAACCUGAACCAAAAACGCAUUUCUCACCACUACUAUGACAACAUUGGACCCAAGAAGGGGGUUCAUGCUAUGCCUGAAGAGUACCUGCAUUUGCUGCAGCUUCACAGCCAAGGAGUGCUGACUAUGCAUCUGGAAAAUUGUGUCUGA